AUGAUUGAGACCUAGAAACUAGUGCAUCGCAAAUUAUCUAUUUUGGGAUAUCCAUUGAAUGAGUUCUUUGCUUUGGAUAGUUUAAAGCUGAAGAUCACAAAAAAGAACUUCACUUGCCAAUUACAUCCAGGAAUAUCAAUAGACAUACCAAAAUAGAUUUAAAAGUUUUAUCGGAAGCGCUUCUUUCUUUUUAAAAAGUUCAAUGAGGGCAUAUAAUUAGAUGAGGAAUCUUGGUAUUCUGUGAUACCUGAGGUAGAGUUUUGUUUAAUGAAUUAAGGAGAUGAGCAUUCAUAUUGCAAAUAAAUUGAAAGCUAGUUCUCCAGAUUCUGAUGUGAUAGAUGGGUUUUGUGGUUCUGGAGGUCUAGCUAUUCAAUUGGCCAAAUGUUUUAAAACAGUGAUUUGUAUAGAUAUUGAUCCCAUGUAAAAUUAAAUAUUUUAUAAACUCAGAAAGAUCAAUAAUAUUACCAAUAAUUUGUAAGUGUAUGAAUCCAUAGCAACUGUUAUUUAGAUGAAUUUUCUCGAGCACACUCAUACCAAUUAAGAUUUCAUUCUCAUUAUGUGUCCACCAUGGUAUUAUCUCUAUUAAACUUAGGGGUGGAUUGAAUUAUUCACAUUAACCUUAUGAUCUUAAUAGUAUGAAACCAUCUCUAGAAGAUCUAUUGACAAAAGGACUAUAGAUGACUAGCAAAAUAGUUCUUCAAUUACCUAAAAACAUUGAUAUACAAUAACUGGUCAGUAUCUUUAAGGAUGUCACUGACAAACUAAGAUUAGAACUUAAACCCAUAGAAGUUGAGAUGAUGCUCAUCAAUGAGCAAAUUAAUUAAUUAAUUAUUUACUAUGGGUUAUGA